AUGUGCGUAAUAUUCCAUCAUUUUGUCGAUUUCCGUCACUCUUUUGCAUCAUCGUCGCCUCAUAUUUUGAAGCAGUCAACCCGUGCACUUCAUCAUCCUUUUCUCGCUACAGAAAAAGUCUCUAGCACCCAUCUACCUGAUUUUAUCAGGAUUAAAUUAAAAACACUUCAGUAUGAAAUUAUGGAGACACUUGUUCGAAAUGCUGAUGAUGGUCCAUCAUUAUUAUCAUCGUGCUUUCGAAGUUCCAUAUUCACAAAAACUUUCCAAGAGAUGGCCAAAUAUUAUUUUAAUCAAGGUGGAAAACUGUUUAGACCAACAAUUUGCCUACUAAUGGCCCAAGCAUGCAAUCAGUUUGAUCCUGAGUCACUGUUGGUAGAUUCAGCUCGGGACACAGUAACGAAUAAUCAGCAUAAAAUAGCUAUAAUAUCAGAAAUGAUACACACUGCUUCAUUAGUACAUGAUGAUGUUAUUGACGAAGCAAGUAUAAGACGAGGCAGCCUUACCGUAAAUGCUCUUUGGGGAAACAAAAUGGCUGUGUUGGUGGGAGAUUUCAUUUUAGCUCGUGCUACGCAAGUUCUCUGUAGCAUUGGACGGCCUUCAGUGAUCUCUGUGAUGGCAACCAUCAUUGAAGAUUUAGUUAAAGGGGAGUUUAUGCAAAUGGAUGAUGGGUUAAAUCUCAGUUCAACGCAAAGGUUCAACAAAUAUAUGGCUAAAACAUACUCAAAAACUGCAUCACUAUUCGCUAAUAGUUGCAGGUCAGCAGCAAUGCUCUCAGACGUAUCAGAAGCUAUUGAGUUAUCUGCAUAUGAAUAUGGAAAGUCAUUAGGCAUUGCUUUUCAAAUGAUCGAUGAUUUGUUGGAUUAUGUCUCUCCGUCGUCAGUAACUGGAAAACCCACUGCAACUGACCUUAAAUUAGGGCUUGCAACUGCUCCAGUUCUUUUUGCUGCUGAGGAAUAUCCUGAGCUCAAUAAACUGAUAGCACGAAGUUUUUCUAAUGAUGGUGAUGCUGAACUAGCAAGGGAAAUUGUCAUUAAUAGUACUGGUUUGGAAAAGACUCGAGCUGCUGCUCAAAAACAUGCUGAACAUGCUGCUAACAUGGUUCGCAAUUUCCCCAAUGGUGAUGGAGUACGGGAUCAUCUGAUACAAAUAGCUCUGGCUCAAACGGAAAGAGUUAGAUAG